AUGGAGAAUGCGGAGAACGCGCGCCUUCGCGCGCCCCCAGCGCUACACCGACACUCACCUCAGGAGCAGGUCUACUGCUCAUCUACCGAACCUGCUGAACAUACUGUGCAUUGUCCAAGAUGGUUCUUCAGAUAUAUAUCGGAACGUUAUCCCUUGACAUCACAACUCAUUCAAGAGAACAAGAUCCCCGAGUUCGUGGACUUCAACGGCAUCAUUCACAACUGCUCUCAUCCCAAUGACGGAGAUGCACACUUCCGGCUAUCCGAAGAGCAGAUCUUUACCUCCAUCUUCGCCUAUGUCGACCACCUCUUCAGCAAAAUCAAGCCAAAGAAGUUUCGUCGGUUCCGUACGGCGAAGGAGGCGAAAGAGGUCAAAGAGAAGGCAGAGCGGAAAGGGGAGAAGCUGCCGGAAUCGAAAGCGUUUGACAGUAACUGCAUCACACCAGGCACGGAGUUCAUGGCACGCUUGUCUGAACAGUUGCGUUACUUCGUGAACAAGAAGAUAUCGGAGGAUGCCAACUGGCGAGACGUCAACGUCGUGUUGUCAGGACACGACAUCAUGGAGUACAUCCGGCUGUCCCGUGCGCAACCGGACUACGAUCCUAACAUUCGCCAUUGCUUCCAUGAUCCGCACUUCUGCCUACUACGAGAAGAGGUGAAUUUGGGCCCGCUUCAAAGAGCAAAGGCAACAAGAGGUAUCCUUGAAUCCAUCAACUUCUAUUUGCUGCAUCUAACACUGAUGCGAGAAUAUCUGGAUCUCGAGUUCCACGACAUUGAACCGGUGCUCCCGUUCGAUUACAGUCUGGAGCACGUCAUCGACGAUUUUAUUCUGCUGGCAGUAUUCGUCGGAAACGAUUUCUUACCUAACCUACCGGAUCUUCACAUUCAUGAGAACGGUCUGGAGAAGCUAUUCGAUGUGUAUAAGAAGGUCCUACCGUCCCUAGAUGGGUAUUUGAACGAGAGCGGUGUUAUCAACACGAAGCGGCUACAAGUCAUUCUGGACGAGAUGGCUGACUGGGAGCGGGAGGUUUUCGAGAAGGAGUACGCGGACCUGAACUGGUACAAGGGGAAGCAGGCGAAGCACGUAAAGGAGAUGGAGCCUGCAAGGAGGCGGAACAAGCUGGUCCUCACAAGGACACAGCGACAAGUCUUCGAAAAAGUCAAGGGGUUCAUUCUGCAGCACAGGGAUUCGACAUCCCCAGAGACACGGAGGACUCGGCUCGCGAUGCCGAACAUCUUUCCUGCUCGAGAUCGAUUAUUUAUCACUAACCUUGCUGAGGAGCUGCAUUUGUCCUUGACGUGGGAUGAGUACGACGAGGAUGACCAGAACCUCAUAACGUGGCGGUUCCCCGGUGAGCUCGAUGAGCCGCUGCCGGAUAACGGGGAGGCGCUAGAACCAGAAGGAGAGGGCGAAGAGGAUGACGUGUGGGAGGACGAGGAUGACGAGGAGAGCAGGGCAGCCGUCGAUCGUGUCCUGGCAAAGUACGAGAAGGCGAAGGUGAUGGAAGAAGACAAGGAUGGUGAUUUUGAUGCUCGGUAUGAGAUGUCUAUCCACGACAAGAUGGACGAGUGGAAGAGCAACUAUUACAAGGGCAAACUGGAGAUUUCUUACGACCGUCCGGAGGAGAUGCAUCCUCUGAUCUACCGUUAUAUCGAGGGCAUGCAGUGGGUCAUGCACUACUAUUACAGCGGAGUUGCCUCUUGGUCGUGGUUCUACAACUACCACUAUGCUCCCCGAAUUUCAGACCUCAAGGGUAUUGAUCAGAUGACAUUCAAUUUCGACUUGGGGACCCCAUUCCGGCCGUUUGAACAGCUGAUGGGUGUGCUUCCCGCAGCUAGCAGAGAGCUUAUUCCGCUGGCCUUCAAGGAACUAAUGACGGACCCUAAUUCCCCUAUCAUCGACUUCUAUCCUGAAGAGUUCGAACAGGACCUCAACGGGAAGAAGGCCGAGUGGGAGGCAAUUGUCAAAAUCCCCUUCAUCGAGGAAAAGCGGCUCCUCGCCGCGAUGAAAGCGCGAGAGCACCGUUUGACCGAUGAAGAACGGCGUCGUAAUUCCUUCGGAACGAGCACCAAAUUCGCAUACAACGGAGGGGAGCCAACCACCUACCCAUCUUCCUUACCCGGCUUCUUCCCAACUCUGUAUCGGUGCUACUGCAAGAUGGUGCCCUUCGAUCUCCCUACCCUCAACGGAUUGCACCUUGUCGAAGGUCUUUUGGACGGCGUCCACCUCGGUGCAGAUUCGUUAGCAGGCUUUCCAUCUCUCCAGACCCUCCCGCACACUGCGGCGCUGGGCUACCACGGCGUCAACGUACAUGGGUCUGAAAGUCGCAACAAGUCGAUGAUCGUGCACAUCGAGAACCCGCACGAGCACCGCAAGGCGGAGGACGUCGCGAAAGAGAUGAUCGGCCAGCGUACGUUUAUUGGCUGGCCCUUCCUGCAGGAAGGCAUGGUGUCGGCGGUGUCAGACUCGCUGUUCAAAUACGAGAAGAUGGCUGUGAUCCCUGGAAAACCGCUGAAGGUUUACUCCAACCCGCACUCACAGCAGGGUCUCGCAAUGUGGAAGUCGAAGGCCGAGCAGAAAGAGCAGUUCUAUUCGAAGAGAUGUGGUGUCAUCACGGGCGACAUAGAGUUCCUCGUGCACGUACGGCCCCUGAAGGGUAUGAAGCGCUUAGACACAGGUGCUUUCGUGAAGGACUACGAGGGUCCUGAGAAAGAGACAGAGCAGCCUGUACAGUUGACCGUGUCGGAAGUCGUGUCAGAAGACCCUAGAUAUAUGGAGAAGGACCCGCCACCGUUGUCUGAAGAAUUUCCAGAUGGAAGCAAGGUCUUCUUCCUCGGAGAGCACGCCUACGGAGUGGCCGCCUCAGUCUCAGCCACAAAUACGGAUACACUCUCGGUCAUUCUUGCGUUCUUCCCGUCUGAGAAAGCCGAGAAUGACAAGUUCACAAGCAUCGUCAACCACCGCAUGUCGAGUAGGUAUUUCCCAUCAUUCAAGGCUGCCGACAUGGUCGGACUCUCCGGGCGAGCGUUGUCGAAGAUCACGUCGAGCUUCAUGGUCAUCACUGGCGAUGGACAGAAGAACAACCUCGGCCUGAGUCUGAAGUUCGAGGCGAAGGGCCUGAAAGUCAUCGAUUACUCACGCAAGGACGGCCGCGCAUGGGAAUUCAGCGAAAAGGCAGUAGAUUUUAUUCGGGAGUACAAGGAGAAGUAUCCUGAGGUCAUGCGGACCCUGGACCGAGGUGGCGACGCGAUGUUGACCGCCUCCGAUAUUUUCCCUGGCGCUGAUGCCGACAGUCGUGUGAAGGAGGUGAAGCAAUGGUUGCAAUCGAAAGGGGUCCGCGAUUUCGAGCCAGUCUCGCUCUUCUGUGACCAACUCAAGAAGGAGACUGUCAGAGAGAUCGAAGCACUUGCGGACGAGAUCACCUCGACGAAGUCCCCCGAUGCGAUCAAGAAGGCAAUGGUCAAGGGGAUACCUCGGCAGGCUGUCUUGAAGCCCGCGCACGCUGUCUACCGGCUGCAAAAUCAGCACUUUGUACUCGGUGACCGGGUUACCAUGGUACAGGACUCCGGUAGCGUGCCCUUGUCGCUGAAGGGCAUCGUCAUUGGGAUGAAUGCGAAGUCGAUGGACGUCGUCUGGGACGCGCCGUUCAUGUCCGGGACGACGCUCGGAGACAGGUGUUCACAGUACCGCGGCGCGACGGUGGAGUUCACUUCCUGCUUGAAUCUGACCAACCCGCAGUUCAUCGCAUCGACGAACCCUAAGGAGCCAACACAGCAGAGGCCGACGGCACCGUUCAAACCACGUUUCGGACCUGUUCCUGCGAUUCAGCCACCCCAUGGGCAGCAGGCUGUUGCCGGGUUCCGACCUGCACCGCCAAGCCAAGGUGUGCCGGUGCACAUCAUGACGAAUCCCAAUCGUGGCCGCGGUGCGUUCAUGAAUGGUCGCGGUGGACCAUCACACAUUGCCAACGGCCGCGGCGCACAUCAAGGCACGCCGAAUGGUCGCGGAGGCUCGAUAUCCGCUGCACAUGUAGUAUCCAAUGGCGGUGGACGACCUGUUGAUGACCAGCCAUACGUCAAUGGCCGAGGAGUACCUCUCGGAGAGCAGUCUUCUGGGCAGAACGACUUCAACGCAGCACGAGUACCAGUCGUGAACGGCGGCAGGGGCAAGGCACCAUUUGCACCUCGAGGAAAUUUCGUACCGCCUAGAGGCGCCCCUGCGGGACAAUCUCGAGGAGGCUUCGGUGACCGUGGUCGUGGUGGGUUUGUGCCCAACGCUAAUCGGGGGCGGGGAGGGCCGCCGCGAGGAGAAUAUCGAGGGUACCGAGGAGGACGUGGACGGGGUACACCCAACCCCGUCGUUUCGUAAGGCUAGGAUAUCCGGACCGUGCAGUACGUUAUCAUGUCGCAACUGGGACAAUCGGGACUGGUAUUGUAUCUUGAUGUGUCAAUUAUCCCUAGCCAUACAUUGCUAUCGUAUCGCUGUUACCCACCCCUUUUAGUCUGUUGUUACGAUACGUGUACUACUACCUGUAGCUGGGCUGUACCGAAUAGCCCACUCCCCUCAUUACUGUGAUGUUACACACAACGCAUUCUUUACAUGCAUCUAGCUUAUGGCGACGUCGACCAAGUUUCAACGAGGUCCUGCCCAUUCAAUAUACUAUCUGGCACGCCUCUGCAGCACUAUGAUGCUACGUUCAAGCAUUUGUGAUAGCAGCUAUUUUCAAUUUCUCAACUUUAUGCUACUCGUA